AUGAAUCGUGAAGAUCACGAACGAGAACGUGUACGAUGGCAGCAAAGACUUGAUGAAACCGAAAAUCGUCUUGCUGAGGCCGAAAUGACUAAUUCAGAAAUGAAUCAACUCAAGGCUGAGUUAAAUAAGCGAAUAGUUGAAAUGGAACGUAACCAAAAACCGCUCAUUGAACAAAAUCGUCGAUUGAGCGAACGCAAUCGUUUAUUGCAAAAUGAAAUUAAAAAGGGCGAACAAAGGCUGUGCCAUUCACAGGAUGAUUUUCUCACACUGAAGGAUGGGUAUGAAAAGCUGGUUAAAGAAAAUCAAACCUUGAAGGAGAAACGAGCUUUUCCUGAGAAGCUAGAAGAAUUAGACAGGGCUUUUGUAGAAGCGUUAUUGAUCACAGUAAUGUAUGCUAAGGAAAAGGAUCGCCGUUAUGAACUGCUUGUGCAAAAGUUCAAACGUUUACGGAAAUGUGUUUUGCCAAGAAGAAAUGGCGAGAGUGAAGACGAUCGUCAGUCGUCAUUUGGUGGAUCUGACUGUUCAGCAGAAAGUUCGAUUUCACUCGAUACGAUCACUGAAAAUUUCAGCGAGGUUUCAAGGUUCGAUAACGAGUUCGAGAACAGUUAUCAGCAUUUGGCUCGUGAACAUGAUGAAUUACAAAGGGCCUUAUCGGCAUUAAAGAUAACUACUAGAAUGACGACUGCUUAUGAAGACGAUCAGUUAGUAGGUGAUCGUCAGUUAGAAUGUGCUCGAGCAUCACAACAACAUCUCACUGAUGAACUUAUCCAACAGCCAGAGAAUACGACCGAUUUAUUGGGAGCAGUCACACGAUUACAAGAUCAGUUAAUUGCUCUACAAACGAAAUGUGAACGAUUAGAAAGGGAGCUAAGCGAUUCUAACGAGAACAAGGAGUUACUGGAAUUUCAACUUCUCGAAGCAAACGAAAAUAUGAAGCAUGAGCUUGAGGAAAGUUUGGCAAGGAGAAAGGGACAUGACAAGAUGAUAGAAACGGAUAAAUGGAUUGCGGAGGAUGGAGAUGAUAAGGAACUGUUGCAAAUUGCGUUGACAUUGGAUCAGACAUGUGAUUUGAAACGAGACUUACUUCAGCUAUAUAAAUCAGCAAAUCUUGAUGACUGUCAACGAAAAAACAUUCGUCAAGCGAAGCUCUAUAUCGAAUUUUUGGAAAACGUAUGUUCAAUCAAACAGAGUCAGUUACAGGGAUUAUUGGAGAUGGGUAGCGAUGGUAGUACAAAGAUUAAGGACUAUGAACUAAAGAAGACUGAAAACGACAUUUUGAUUGCGGAUCUUCGAGAGCAAAUUCAGGGACUGCGUUCAGUUGAAAAACAAAAAAUGGAACUCGAAGUUGAGGUGGAAAGGUUGCAUACAAGCGUAGCUGCCCUGAAUCAAGAGAAGCAAGUGCUCCUCGAUAAAAUUUCUGAAAAUUCGUCUGAAGUAAAAAAACCGAUGUUCGAUAACACGGCAAAUAAUGAAGGUGUGAAAGACUUGGAGAAGGAAUUAAUGAAAAAAUUAAACGCGACGGAUGAGCAGAAAGCAUCAUUACUGCACAGAAUUGAAGCUUUGGAAAAAGAAAAACAAGAACUGCUGAUGAGCAGGACUGAGUUGCAACAGGAGAUGAAUGUCCUGACCAAAAGCGUUGCUGAGUCAAACGAUCGAAUCAGCUCACUGACGAAAGCAAAUCAAGAUGCAAAGAUCGAACAGAACGCUGAAAAACUUGCCCGAAUAUGUCAAGAGAAAGCGGAUAUUGAAGAGAUGAAUUCGAAGUUGCGGGAGCGUAUGAAUGCUUUGAUUGAGGAGAACCAGAAAUUGAAAGAGGAGAUCAGGCCUGCAAUUAAGACGCAACUUGAACGUCGUUUUGAGGAAUCUCGAUUUCGACUAAAUUCAGCUCUUCAAACAAUACAUGAGCAUGAGAAUGAAAUCGCGAAACUUCGAACACAAGUCGAUGAACUGCAGCAAAAAUUGAACGACAGAAACAAGAUUGAAAGUGACUUGGUACAAGCAAGAGAAUAUAGUGAACAACUUCAGAAACAAUUCUCUACGCAAGCACUUAUAAUAGAUGCUCUUAAGGAGAAAAUUAUAUUGCACAAAAACUUCGACGAUGUUCUUUCUGCUGCGAUUGAUGAGUGCGAACAAAGUUGCGAAGAUAUUGAAAAUAAAUUGGGAAUUCUUUGCCAAUCAAAAGAGAAUAAUUUAACCCAUGAAAGUAUCGCUCUGUUGCGGCGAUUAAUAAGAGUUAGUCAUUCCAUGUUUUUGCGUCACAACGAAAGCCUUCUGCCAAUCUGGUUAUAA